GGACCAAGAAUCCCCGAGAAAUCUAUCCGCUCAUGAMCAUGACUGCUCUUAACAUGGCUGUUAAGUGUCACGAAACGAAAAUGUUCCCCCUGGAUCAGCUAGUGCUGCUUUUGGGUCCAAACGGACGGAACUCGAAGGGAAGGGGAUACACUCCUGUGCAGAUUUGUUCCAUGGAGCGAAAGAUUCUACAACGUUGUGGCUGGAAACUCCACAAGCCGACGACUCACGAUUAUUUGUUGCGCUUUGUUGAGGUAUUGGCUAAGGACCAACGCGAUGUGGUAAAGGGAGCAGCCGUCAUGCAUCUGAAGCGAAGCCUAUUAUGGGAGCACAUGGCGCACCAGCAACAAAUUGUCUGCCGUCCAUUCUCAGACUGUACACUAGCGUACGGUGCCUUUUUGUUGGCAAUGGAGGAUUGUGGCAUCCCUUUGGUGGACAAGCAGUCUGCKUGCYUGGCACUCUUGCACGUCGCAAAUUUGUCGGCCCAAACCCCAAUGCUUUCUGAAGCAUACAACUGGCUGUUGCAGGCACAAUCUCUCCAGAUGCACCUUGAGCAGGGCAAGACUACCCCCAAGGGACCAGCAACAUCUCAUACUCCCGCAAACCGUCCAAUCGUUGCGGUGCCUGAUCACGUKAGUGCCCCGCAACCCAAACCACGGGCUGCCAAUCUCGCGGUAGACUUGUUGAGCGACAAUAGCGACGCUAUGUCUUGUGAUACUGCAAGUAGUAUGUCUGCUAKGGCACUCGCACCACAACCGACGCACGGAAGCAGCGAGGAUGCCGACCUCUUGCUGCUCGASUUUGUCGAAGAAAAGGAGCAACCACGGUCUAUGGUCACACAAGAUGAUGAUCCUUUUGCCUCUGAAACACUUGCUGCCGCUGUCGAGCAGAAAGAGGAUGAGGAUAGUUCAGAUGACGAUCGGUCAACAAGUCUCAUGAGUCAGAGCAGCAAUGGSACCUACGACGAGGUCAUCUUUUGCUCGUACAGUUCGGACGGGGAUGCCUUUGAGGUAAUCACCACCGAAUAUUCCGUUGAAGACGAAGACGAUCACUCUGUGACUCGAUCGGAUGUCAYCAUGUCGAUUUUGCCCACGGUCAUGGAGGAAGAUGACUACGAGACAGAAGGGAUUUCUGACAACCUUGUCGAUGAGGAAAGCGACGACGACGAAGAUAGUGACCAAGAGGAAGGUCAAAGGCUUGUUUUGACCGAAUCUUUGGAUGAAGAUGGCUUUGAGGUCGCCAUUCGGGGAAAGAACAGCGACGAUCAUCUAUCGGGCAUGGUGACGUCUCCAAGAGAAGUUUCCGUUACUAUCUAGACUGAAGUUCAUACAUCAGUUCCUUACCUACAUUCGAGAAGAACCACCACCGCAACUACAGCAACACGAUAUUAUUUCCGCACACACGUUCAAGUCGAAAAACACUCCUGAUAGAAAAAAGGUUAGUACACCUUGCAUACACGAGAAAUUACUACAAGUACUAUAAAAGCAUAAAGAUAAAUAGACAAU